AUGGGCUCCAUCAUCGUUGACGACCCUACCAUCGCCACCUCGUUCGAGGUGCUCGACGAUGCCCAUCCCCAGGACACGUCUAUGCCGGCGUUCAUGGUGUCCAAGACCCGAGGCUUCCUGCCGCGGGCCGAGCCUGUCGUCGAGCUGCCGGCGGUGUUUGCGCCGCUCGAGGACCUCUUGACGCGUAUGCCCGUCAAGCGCCUCGACGGCACGCCCGGUCUGCUGGCGGAGGGCAAGCUGGGCGAUGCCAUUCUCAAGGACAAGCUGCUGCCCGACCUGACAGACGCCAUUGACGAGCCCAGCGUCAAGCACAACCUGCCGCUGCUCAACGCGCUGUACCGCGACUAUGCGUUCCUGGCGUCGGCCUUUCUCCUGGAGCCCUGCCACCUCCGUUUCCUAAAGGGCGAGCCCUACGGCCUGGGCCGCGACGUGCUGCCGGCGUGCAUUGCGCGGCCGAUUGCACGGACGGCGCGGCUGUGCGGGUUCAAGCCGUUCAUGGAGUACGCCGGCAGCUAUGCGCUGUUCAACUACCGGCUGGAGGACCCCGCCAAGGGCCUCGAGUAUGACAACCUGCGUCUGAUCCGGGCCUUUGAGCACGGCCUGGACCCGACGUCGAGCGAGGCCGGCUUUGUGCUGGUGCACGUCGACAUGGUGCGCAACUCGGGCCCGCUGGUGGCCGGCACGGUGGACUGCCUGGACGUGGUCGAGACACAGAAGAAGAGCCAGGGCGGUCGCGAGGCGUUCAACCAUGGCCUCGAGCGCAUUGUCGCGGCGCUGACCCGCAUCAACGGCGUCAUGGAGACCAUGUGGGCCAAGUCGCGGCCCGAGCAGUACACGAGCUUCCGCACGUUCAUCUUUGGCAUCACCUCCCAGAGCAUGUUCCCCGACGGCGUGGCGUACGAGGGCGUGGGCGCCGACGGGUUCGAGGCCGCGCGUCCCGAUGCCGUCACGCGCCUGAGCUUCCGCGGCGAGUCCGGCGCCAACGACUCCAUGGUGCCCCUGAUGGACAGCUUCCUGCAGAUCCCGAUGCCCGACACGCCGCUGACGGCCAUCCUCAAGGACUUCCGGCAGUACCGCCCCAGCAACCACCGCCAAUUCCUGGCGUACGUGCGGCAGCGCUCGGGCGACCUCGGCGUCAAGGACUAUGCGCUGAGCGGGGGCGGCGCCGUCAGCGGCGAGGACAUGGACGCCGUCCAGAGCGUGCGUCUCUGGCUGCAGAUCCUCAACCAGGUGCGCGACUUCCGCUGGCGCCACUGGUGCUUCGGCAAGGAGUACAUCCUCAAGCGCACGUCGCACCCGACGGCGACGGGCGGCAGCCCCAUUGUCACCUGGCUGCCGAACCAGCUGCAGGCCGUGCUGACGGAAAUGCAGGCCAUCUAUGCAGCGGCCACGGGCACGACGGCGGGCGCGGUGCCGGCCACCAAGACGCGGCUGGGCGAGGAUGUCGACGACAUGAUGGAGAUGGUCAUCCGCCAGAGCGCGACGCUGGCCAAGGAGGUGGCACGGUACUGUGACGAGCGCGGUGUGUAA